CUUUCCCUCACAAAUUGACCUCCACAAUACUUCAGAUUUAUAUAACUCGGGGUCUCUUUGUUCAUUGUUUUUCAGUCUCUCAAUCUUUCACUUUUCUGCUUCUCACUUCUCAUCAGGAUCAUCUCUCAUUGGCAGGCAUCAACAUGGCAAAUUCGUCAUCUGGAAUGGCAGUGGACGAUGAGUGCAAGCUUAAGUUCUUGGAGCUAAAAGCAAAGAGGAUUUACAGAUUCAUCGUGUUCAAGAUCGUAGAGAAGAUCCAACAGGUGACAAUAGAGAAACUCGGUAGUCCAGACGAAACCUAUGACGAUUUCACCGCCAGUUUGCCUGCCGAUGAGUGCCGAUACGCUGUGUUUGACUUCGAUUUCACGACUGAUGAGAAUUGCCAGAAAAGCAAGAUUUUCUUCAUUGCAUGGUCGCCUGAUACGUCAAGGGUGAGGAGCAAGAUGCUCUACGCCAGCUCGAAAGACAGAUUCAAGAGAGAAUUGGACGGGAUUCAAGUCGAGCUGCAAGCUACUGAUCCUAGUGAGAUGAGCAUCGAUAUCGUAAGAGGACGAGCGCUAUAAUCAGUCAAACCUCCAGUGUCUACUCUCGAUGAUCUUGAACCCCUCCACAUCAUUUUUCUUUGUAGCGUGCUCGUUUUCUUCUUUGAUGGUCCGUCACGCAUGUACCAUUUUACUGAAGGGAAACUAGCAUCCAUUUAGUCAUGUUCGUCCCUUCCAUACAUGUCGUUUCUUUCUUUCUGGCAUAACAAAUAACGUGUACGAUGACCUGCAUUAACCUUCCUCACAUGAGAAAUUCAACUCAGUGGAAUCAUUCUUA